AUGGAGAUAGAAACGCAAACUCCAUCAACCCGAGAGAUCUCUACCUCAAACAUUUUCAACUUCACCGAAGUUUUAGCUCCAGAUGUUGACAGAGAUCCAACCCCAAACUUGCCCUUGCUUCACAAAAAGAGAAAUUUAAGUUUUUCCAUAAAUCAGAAAAAUACAAGUUUUUAUUCCUACACAAAAGAACCAAAAGAUCUGCCUCCUCGGACAAGGUCAAGCUCUUGAAAAAGCUUUUUGUCUCGUAAAAUUUACAUAGGGAAUUAUACAUCUCCUCAAAUUCAGCCAAUGACUCAUCUUCAAGAUGCAAUCGAUAACAUAAAGCAAAAAGUUGAAAAGUAAUUUAUAAGCAGCGAAUUUCAACAAAGUAGAGAUAUUUCAACGUUUAUAAAUAACAUAAAAGACCUUGAGAGAUCAAAACAUAUAAGACUUUAUAUGAGUGAGCUUGGAAAGCAGGUCGUUUUGAAAAAGCAGCAAUAUAAUGAAAUACACAGUGAAGUAGUACAAAGGCAAGAAAAGCUGAAAAAACUUGAAGAAAAAUUGCAGCUGCUGGAAGAUGAGGAAAAUGAGACAAAUAAUUUGCUGGAUGUGUACAAUUUUAGAAGAGAAGAGUAUCAUGAUUUUGUACAAGGGUUGAAUAAUGAAGUUUACUAUCAAGAUACAUUAAAAUUCAUGCUGGCCUGUCGCCAAGAAAACGCUAUAGUAAUGGCUCACCCAGUCAAUGUAAACAAUAUCAAACUUAAACAGCUGAAUAGAGAAUGCAAAAACAUGGAAAAAGAAUUAGCAAGAUAUGUAUCGAAAUUUGGCGAAAUAAAUAAGCAAAUCGAAGCUAUUACCCAAGAAACUGAGAAAGAAAAAAUAGAAAUGGAAAAAAAAAUGCAAUCAGAACUCAAAGUUUUUGAGGAUUAUAGCCCCUGAAAUAUUUUAGAUCAUUAUUGGCCAUCAAUUUUAAUUCCAAAAUUAAUUUGUACUUGUCAUCUUUUUUGAAAAGUAAAAACGAAAAUGGCAGAUCUUCGUUUAUGGUUUUAAGGUGCCUAAUCAGACUUAUACUGUUUAAGGCAGGUGCCCUGCACCAUAUUUUUUCUGGUCGAUAUUCUGCUGGGGUAUAGAGAUCUAUUAAGGUGCAUGUGCUAUAUCCAAAAAAUAAAAAAAUGCAUUUCUUUUGAGCAUAAUCGAAAUGUUACUAUAGAAAGGCAACAAAAUAACGCUGUACAGCUGUUGAGAUUUGAAAGGAGAAUAGGAGAACUUAAAGAAGAACAUAUAAUACAAGAUGAAGCUAUGAAAGUUGAAAAGAUUCAAGAAAAUUGUGAAUAUAAAUUUAAAGCAAUUCAAAGGGUAACAAAUAUUGCAACGAUUCAAGAUAUGCUUCCUUAUUACAAAUAUUUGCUAGAAAAAAAAGAAAAUUUGAUAAGCACAGUGGGGCAGCUGCAAAAUCAGAUAGAAGCUCUUCAAGAAGAAAGAGAAGAGCUUAUAAAAGAAGUUGACUUUUGAAAAUUCAGAGAUGAUGCUUAUAUUAACAUUAGUAUAGAAGAAGCCAAUAAAGCUAAUGAAGAAUUAGAAAAAAAAAUUGAGGAAAUUGUUAGAAGUGAAAAUAACUUGCAUAAGCUCCAAGAAUUGGUGAAUUCUUCUAUUAAUGUGCUGAGUAGGGUUGUUUUUCAGCUAUCAGAAGGAGAAAGAUCUGCAAUGGAAGUUAACGAAAAAAACUUGAGCCGAGUUUUAGCGUUUAUUUGUACAAGACUUGAUAAAAUGAUGGAAGUCCUGCAAAAUCAUCAGAAUGUGUUUUAUGUUGAAAGCAUUAACACUGGGAUGGAGUUUGUAUCAGCACCGUCAUUUUUGAGGUUAAAUAACUAUCGUCAAACAAAAAUUUCUUACGACGACCGCUUUGCUUUUACAUAUGAAGAAGAGGAAGCUGAUAAAAAGAAUGCUCAGAAAAGUUAA